GGAGUGUGUACCUGAAUUCCAGUUUUGGCGUUAACUUUUCAAUUCAUAAUUCAUUUUCCUUCUUUACCCGUUCCCAAAUCCCAAUUUCAGAGAAAACCUCUCUAUUUGAUACUCGCAGAUUCGUUCUCAUCCCCCUCUCCAUCUCUCUCAUGUUCUUUGCGCUUUAAUUUCACAGAUUCUUUCAUUCUCACCUAUUUCUUCUUCUUCUUCUUCUUCUUCUUCUUUCUGUCGAAUUGUAUUCAUUUUUUAUUUUGAAUUUGCUUCCUUCCUGCAUGUAGUUCGGUCUAAUUUUUGGGCCACAGGCAGGGAGGAGGCACAUUACAUGUAGAAAUUGAAAGGGCAGUUUCAGGAUCAGAAACUACUCGAAGAGCUUGAAAUCUUGGGCUAAGCUGUAACUUGCAAGGAAAUGGAUGGGGAUUCUUUUUGCGGAGAGGAGGACAAUUUUGACUGGGACAGUGAAGAUGAGCGAGAAAUUGAAAAUUUUGGGUUGUCUUCUUCUUCAAGCCUCACACUUCCUGGUGGAGAAGCUAUAGCAAGCUCAGCAGAAGCAAGCUCAUCAGUAGGUUCUUCUGGUUCAAAGUUGAUAGAUCAUUUUGUAGGAAUGGGCUUUCCUGAAAAAAUGGUUGCAGAAGUAAUUCAAGAAAAUGGAGAGGAAAAUGCAGAUUUGAUACUUGAAACACUUCUCAAAUGCUCAGCAAGAUCAUCUGCAAGCUCUUCUGGCUCCAAGUUGAUCGAUCAUUUUGUUGGGAUGGGGUUUGGCGUUGAAAUGGUGGCCAAAGCAAUUCGGGAAAAUGGAGAGGGAAAUACAGAUACAAUUUUGGAAGCUCUCCUCACAUACUCGGCGAUUGAAAAAUCUCCUCAAGAGGAGCUGCAUGUGGAAUCUGAUGAGUGGUCUCCAGAAUGCAAUGGGAGCUUUCUGGAUGAUUUUUCAGAUUUUGAUACUGAAGAUGAGGAAAUUAUUGUAAAAUCUGAGCCUGAUGAAGAAGGGAACACUUUGUUGUUCUUAGCAAGGAUGGGUUACACAAUUGAGGAAGCUUCAAUAGCUGUAGAGAGAUGUGGAUCAAAUGCAACUAUUGCGGAGCUAACAGAUUUCAUCUCUGCUGCUCAAAUGGCGAAGGCAGCUGAUGCUUCCUUUCCAGAAGAGAAGCCAAGGAUAAAGCAUUUUGAUGAUGAUUAUCCUAAACACAAGAAGAGGAGUUAUUAUGAGUACGAUAUGUGGAAAAGGAAAAAGCAGAUGAGAUUGGAUAAGAAGAUGCUGCAUGGAGAGGAUGAGAUGCUUCGGCUCCCAAAUCCAAUGGUUGGAUUUGGUGUCCCCAAUGAACCUGCCAUUGUAACUAAUAGAACACUUCCAGAAGCUGCUGUUGGACCUCCCUAUUUUUAUUAUGAGAAUGUAGCACUGGCUCCUAGAGGGGUUUGGCAAACUAUUUCAAGGUUCUUAUAUGACGUGGAACCUGAAUUUGUUGACUCAAAGUAUUUCUGUGCAGCUGCCAGGAAAAGGGGCUAUGUACACAAUCUUCCAAUUCAAAACAGAUAUCCCCUACUUCCACUACCUCCAUACACAAUACAUGAAGCUCUACCCUUAACAAAGAAAUGGUGGCCUUCCUGGGACACCAGGACAAAACUAAAUUGCUUGCAGACCUGCGUUGGAAGUGCAAAACUGACGGACAGGAUCCGCAAAGCCCUGGAAGACUAUGAAGGAGAUCCACCUUUAACUGUCCAGAAGUUUGUUCUUGAUGAAUGCCGUAAAUGGAAUCUGGUCUGGGUUGGCAGGAAUAAAGUUGCUCCACUUGAACCGGAUGAAGUAGAGAUGCUUUUGGGUUUCCCAAGGAACCACACAAGGGGAGGUGGAUUAAGUAGGACUGACAGAUAUAAAUCACUCGGUAACUCAUUCCAGGUCGACACUGUUGCCUACCAUCUUUCAGUUUUGAAAGACAUGUUCCCUGGAGGUAUCAAUGUUCUCUCUCUUUUUUCGGGGAUUGGUGGUGCAGAAGUUGCUCUUCACCGGCUUGGUAUUCGUCUGAAGAACGUAGUGUCAGUUGAGAUCUCAGAAGUAAAUAGAAAUAUUAUGAGGUGCUGGUGGGAACAAACGAACCAGAGCGGAACUUUGAUUGACAUUGUAGAUGUACAACACUUGAAUGCUGAUCGGUUAGAGCAGUUGAUGAACUGCUUUGGUGGGUUUGAUCUUGUUGUUGGUGGGAGUCCAUGUAAUAAUCUUGCAGGUAGCAACAGACACCACCGUGAUGGCCUGGAGGGUAAGGAAUCUUCUCUUUUCUUUGAUUAUUGUCGUAUUCUAGACCUGGUUAAGUGUAUAAUGACUAGAACUUGAUGAAUUCAAGUAUGUAACUAAUUUUCUGGUACACGUACGGAAUUGAUUUUUCAAAGUUACCCAUUUUUUCGAACUUAAAUAUUGAUUACAAUUGUUGGCAAUUGAUGCAAGCUUAUACUUUGAAGUUGAAA